AUGUGUUCUUCAAAAUCCAAAUUGAUACAACCAAUUCAGGUAAACUCUAAAGCUACUCCGGCAGCCACCAUGGUUUCCGACAUCAAUGGGCGGCCGGUGCUCCAACCAGCUACCUCCAACCGAGUCCUUGCAAGAUGUUCGCAUAAAAAGAGUCCAUCCCUCCCUAAAUCAGCUUCCACACCUCCACCACCACCACCACCACCACUUCACGCUAACCAGCCCGAGUACUGUACGAAUUCCAGCUCUGAAAGGCUCUUUCCGUCAACACCCAUCAAAUGCACCGCCCAAAAAUCUGUUAUUCCGGUAAAAAAGUUAAAAGGAGUUACUAGCAAUAAUGGCGGUGGCCAUGAUCACCGUUCCAGCGAUUUUAUUUCUGCUGCCGUCAUCAGCACUAAUCCUAACUCAUUGGUGAAGUACUCAUCAGCGGCGAUUGUGGAUGCUCCGGGGAGUAUAGCGGCUGUAAGGAGGGUACAGGUGGCAGCGAUUCAGGUUCAGAGGAAAAUGAGGAUUGCUCACUAUGGUAGAUCUAAGUCUGCCAAGUAUGAUAGCUGCAGCAAGCUCACAUCUUACUUUGAUUUCAACUCUCUGAUGAAUGCCACUACUGGUUUCAGAGAAGAGAAAAGAUGCAGCUUCAUCACUCCUACUUCAGACCCUAUAUAUGUUGGAUACCAUGAUGAAGAAUGGGGAGUUCCUGUUCAUGAUGAUAAGUUGCUGUUUGAAUUGUUGGUGUUGACAGGUGCUCAAGUUGGAUCAGAUUGGACUUCAGUCUUGAGAAGAAGACAAAAAUUUAGGGAAGCAUUCUCAGAAUUUGAAGCAGAAAUUGUAUCCAAGUUUACAGAUAAGAAGAUAACAUCAAUUAGUAGUUGUUAUGGGAUUGAAGUUGGCCUUAUCAGAGGUGUUGUUGACAACUCUAAUUGUAUCCUUCAGAUCAAGAAAGCAUUCGGGUCGUUUGACAAGUAUAUAUGGGGAUUUUUGAAUCACAAGCCGAUUGUAACGCAAUACAAACUGAAUCAAAAGAUGCCUGUAAAAAGCUCUAAAUCGGAAGCCAUAAGCAAAGACAUGGUGAGGAGGGGAUUCCGGCAGGUCAGUCCUACUGUCAUCCAUUCGUUCAUGCAAGCUGCCGGACUCACCAACGAUCACCUCAUCACUUGCCCCCGCCACCUCCAAUGCGGCCGCCAUCCACCAUUCUCCGAUCAUUAAUUAACUAAAUCAAUAACUUUAUGAUCUGAACUCUAACUACAAAUAGUUUGAUUCUCUUGUAUUACUUUAAUUUGAGUGAGGUUUGCAUCAUAUGUUUGGGUUGGUUAGGUAGGGUGUAUGUAGUCAUUAAUGACCCCAUCCAUCAUGUUA